AUGCCCACCUGGAAGAGAGAGAAGGUUAACAGAGACUCGAGCUCGCAGAGCUCCUUUGACAAGAACAAGGAUUAUGGCGCGUCAAUGGCGGUCAGAGCUGUCGAGAGGGUCUGUCAUAUGCCAGGACAUGCUCUGACGUCGGAAGGCCAUCUUCAUCGCGGCCUCAAGUCACGACAUAUCACUAUGAUUGCCAUCGGUGGUGCUAUCGGCAAUGGUCUCAUUAUCGCAACGGCCGUGCUCAAAUCUCUAGUUGCUCGACCUCUCGCAAGAGCUGGCCCUGCACCAGUGCUUAUAUCGUACGCGUUUAUCGGUUUCCUCGUGUAUAUCGUCAUGUGUGCACUCGGAGAAAUGGCUGCAUGGCUCCCUCUCCCAUCUGGUUUCACCGGUUAUGCAACUCGGUUCUGCGACCCGGCGCUCGGGUUUGCCCUCGGCUACAUGUAUUGGUUCAAGUAUAUCAUGGUCAACCCGGGUGUAUUCAUCGUAAUAUUCCUUGUGGUGAUUGUAUGCAUCAAUUAUUUCGGGAUCAGCUUCUUUGGAGAGUUCGAGUUCUGGCUGAGUAGUGUCAAGGUUGUGAUUAUCGUCGGCCUCGUUCUACUUAGUUUUAUCCUUGCACUCGGUGGUGUUCCGGACCACGAUCGCAAAGGGUUCAGGUCCUGGAAAAAUCCAGGGGCAUUCAAUACAUAUAUUGAAGGUCUGUCAUUACAAGUAAACUUCCUGCAAGGUUGA